UCAUUAGUGGCCUAUAUAAGCCUCAUACAGGCCAUGGGAAGACAUUACCUGUUGAUAACACAGACUAUUUUCAUGAUCAUGGGAGGUGUGAGAGAAUUGCUGCUCGUUGUGAUGACUGUGGGGGUUGUCAAAGUUUCUUGUUACCCUGUUGGAAAGUCCCAGAAGCAAGAUCAAGUCUCUCUGCAGAGGAGACUUGGAGAGCUGUCAUCAAAUGACGUCUCCAUUGUGCAUGCCCUGGCCUUGCUCCGAUCCAUAGGGUCUGACGCGAAACAAACCAGAGAAGAGUAUUUAGAGACCAAUGAAGUAGAAUCCCAAGCUUCUCCAAACCAUGGUAGUUCUCCGGCAAAUGAUGCCCUGUCCUCUGAGGAGAAGCUGAGGCACAUGUCCUCUGACGACGCCACCUCUGAAGCUGCCACCGGCCCGUCCUCUGACGACGCCACCUCUGAAGCUGCCACCGGCCCGUCCUCUGACGACGCCACCUCUGAAGCUGCCACCGGCCCGUCCUCUGACGACGCCACCUCUGAAGCUGCCACCGGCCCGUCCUCUGACGACGCCACCUCUGAAGCUGCCACCGGCCCGUCCGGUGACGACGCCACCUCUGAAGCUGCCACCGGCCCGUCCGGUGACGACGCCACCUCUGAAGCUGCCACCGGCCCGUCCGGCGACGACGCCAUGGAUAUCUGACGUGGGACAUGCAAUAGUUAACGGGUACUCUAGUCCAGUGUGUAACUGCAUUUGCUUGUUUUGGCUCAAAUAAACAUUAACUGUAAUA